ACGUGAAAAAGAAACGGCGGCUGCAUGAGUUGAGAUUCAUUUUCCUUAAUAACUACCGAAAAAGUAACAAUAUUUAUUUUCCAACGACUAUCUAACACCAUUUCUUUUACUUUUCUUUCCUCAUUUAUUCCAAUUAACUAACCGAUCAAUCUGACGGACUCCGCUUCUCCUCCUCCUUUCCCCGUCGGGGACGCCGUUGAUGCUCGGCCUCCGCUCCCGUCACCACCCCACCCAUCACAAUCAGAAUCAAACAUUAUGAUCUCUAAUAGAGAUCCCGAUGCCAUCUUUAGCGGCGGCGGCAUCAGUUUUCUUAACGGAAGCCGAACUGCCAAGUUUAAUUAUGGAUAUUCGAGUUUUAAGGGUAAAAGAGCUUCCAUGGAGGAUUUCUAUGAGACAAGGAUUUCUGAAGUUGAUGGUCAAAUGGUUGCCUUCUUUGGUGUUUUUGAUGGUCAUGGAGGUGUUCGGACUGCAGAAUAUCUGAAAAAUAACCUUUUCAAGAAUUUGAGUAGCCACCCUGAUUUUAUCAGAGACACGAAGACAGCUAUUGUCGAAGCAUUUAGACAGACAGAUGCAGAUUACCUCCAUGAAGAAAAGGCCCAUCAAAAAGAUGCCGGGUCAACUGCGUCAACUGCUGUGCUUCUAGGGGACCGGCUGCUUGUUGCAAAUGUUGGCGAUUCUCGAGUUGUUGCCUGCAGAGCUGGUUCAGCUAUCCCGUUGUCUAUUGAUCAUAAACCUGAUAGAUCUGAUGAACGCCAAAGGAUUGAAGAGGCUGGAGGUUUCAUCAUAUGGGCAGGAACUUGGCGGGUGGGUGGCGUGCUUGCUGUUUCUCGUGCUUUUGGGGAUAAGCUACUUAAGCCAUAUGUGGUUGCUGAGCCAGAAAUUCAGGAAGAAGAAAUUGGUGGUGUUGAGUUUAUAAUUGUUGCAAGCGAUGGGCUAUGGAAUGUCCUAUCAAAUAAGGACGCAGUGGCACUAGUGCAGGGCGUAGCAGAUGCAGAGGCAGCGGCAAGAAAACUAAUACAAGAAGCUUAUGCGCGAGGGAGCCAUGACAACAUAACCUGUGUCGUCGUCAGGUUUGAUAACUCAUGAGCAGGCACAUAAAGGUCUAAUAUAUCGCUAGUGAUGGCACCAUCAAGUAGUUAUUUAGUCCAUCUUUGUUUACUUUGCAGAUUUUAAAGUACAUCCUAGUCAGAAAAAAAAAAUUUAUACUAGCGAAUUUGUUAGCCAUUCGUUUGGACAGUGUUAAUUCGUCGAAAACUGUUACGGGCUAGCAGCUGAGUUUUCUAGUUGCUGGUCCUGAAUGAUGCAUUAACACACACGUCUGUCUUGCGUGGUUUCAUAACGUAAGAAA